CUUACUAGUGACCGGUCACCUCCAGCGCCCUCCAGGAUAUAAGAUCCUCCUCACUGGCGAUUGUUAAGUACAAGCACGCCACAAUGUCCCGACAGAAUCGGCCGCAACGCCGGAUUAUGGGCCCACAAUCAGCCCUGACCGAUUUUCUGCAGUCGCACAACAUCUCCGCGUACCAAAUCCGUCUGGACGCAGACGCUAGGAGAAGGGCUGCCCAGAAUAAUCAGAACGAUACAAGCAACCAGAGCAAUAAUGAGACUGCGGUAGCUUCCCCAGCGUCGACUUCAGACGUUUCUGCCGGCCCUGCGCAAUCAACCCGAGGACGCCGCGCGGCAGAGACCAAUUCUCAGGAGGAAGCGCGGAGGACCGAGAAGAAAGCUAUUCAGAAGAUCAAGGCCAGCAAGAAGUUUCAGAAGCGUAAGCGCGGGCUCGCCGACUCCGACGAUGAGGAUGACCUUGCCCGAGCCAUAUUCCGAGAGCGAGCCGCGCCACUCCCUGGUCAGAUGGAGAACUGUGCCAUCUGCAGCAAGCGGUUCACCGUUACACCGUAUACGCGCAGUGGACCUGAUGGAGGUUUGCUUUGUAGCCCAUGCGGCAAGGAUCUGGACAAAGACGAUCCCGCGGCAAAGAAAAAGGCGAAGAAGGUCGCUGGGGGCUCCGGCGCCAGACGCCGGCAACUCCAAAGCAGUAUUCUGGAUGGGACCUACUCACUCGGCGCGAAAAGCCUGAUGACCCUCUGUAUUGAAACCCUUGCCAAAAAUAUCGAUCUUGCCGAGGACCUUGGGGAUCUUCCCACGCCGGUAAUUGACAAGAUCGCACGGAAGCUCUCGAGGUAUCGCCUGCUAAACUCGCGAACACUCAACCUCUUUUUGCAGCCAGCAGCCGAGGAAGUUUAUAUCUACGAUGGCUCAAAGCUCACCACUGACGAUUUUAUCCGGGUCUUUCAGACAGUCCCAGGUUUGAAGAAGCUCAAGAUCCGUAAUGGCAUCCACUUCAAGGACGAGGUGAUGGACUACCUCCUUUCGCGGAACAUUGAGCUGGAAGAAUUUUACCUGCACGGUGCGAAUCUCCUGUCAGAAUCUAAGUGGAAGGAGUUUCUCCAUCAGAAGGGCGGCACUCUGCGGUCGCUCCGUGUAUACUGGACCGACAAGCACUUUGGGGAUGACGUUCUCUCCGUGCUCAAGUCCGCAUGUCCCUCGCUGAGUCGGCUCAAGGUAUCCCACAAUCAGCAGGUCACGGGCGUGGGCAUCACAGCCCUCGCCCAGCUUGACUCGCUCCGGCACCUCAGCCUCGACCUGCGCAACAACAUCCACUCAGACAUAUACGUCGAUCUCCUCAGCAAGAUCGGUGCCAACCUUGAAACCCUCUCGCUCACCCGCGUGCAAGAAGCAGACAACACGGUGCUAGACGCGAUACACAUGCACUGCCGCUCUCUCAAGAAGCUACGCAUAACCGACAGCGAAGAGAUGACCGACGCCGGCUUUGCUCGGCUCUUUACCGGUUGGGCCAACCCGGGUCUGGUGUUUUUGGAUCUGCAAAAGUGCCGCCAGUUGGAUUCCGCACAGCCGCGCGAAAACCCAGAUGGCAUCGGCUUGUGCUCCAAUGGCUUUCGCGCGUUGAUGGCGCACUCGGGUAAGACGCUGCGUCAUCUCAAUGUCCAUGGAUGCCGGCACAUUGAGGCUGUCGCGUUUGAGGAGGUUUUUGGCCCCGAAAAGGUCUAUGACGCAAUGAACAAGGUAGAGAUUAGCUUUUGCGAGGAGGUGUCCGACUUCAUAGUGGGCAGCGUGUUCCGCAGUUGCCCGAAUUUGAGGGAGCUGAUUGUAUUUGGGUGCAUGAAAGUUAGAGACGUGAGGGUGCCGAGAGGCAAGAUCCUGGUUGGAGUGCCGAACGCGAAGGGAAUGGUGCUUGAUGGAGAUUACGAUGACUGAUUGAGGUGUGAGAGGUUAUUAAACUGUGGUGUCGCUCAUAUCGCAUCCCGGCUUGUGAUGGUCGCGGCACAUUGGCGUCGAGCUCGGUGGCUCAUGUACGGUAUUUAAAAGGCGUUAUUGUAAGGGUAAAGUGGUUAAUGCACACCGAAUCAAGAUAAGUAGCUUCGCU